AUGGGGGCGUUAUAUAUACUUGUUCAAGAUCAGCAAGCCACGGAAACGAAAAUGGUGGGGGACCCUUGGGUUAUUCAGCCCCAUGAGAACGCUAAGUUUGGUGAGCAUUUUCGUGCCCUUGGACCUGUAAAUGGCACACUUACUGGAGAACAGGCGAAGAGAUUUAUGCUGCAGUCCCAACUCCCACCGCCUGUUCUGGGACAGAUAUGGUCACUGGCUGAUUUGAACGCUGAUGGAAAGUUGGACUUCCAGGAAUUUUCAAUUGCAUGCAAGAUAAUUAAUUUAAAGCUACAUGGCAUCGAAGUGCCAAAAGUCCUGCCUCCGUCACUCCUUGCCUCUCUAAGCCCUCAAGUUGGUGUUAAUAAAAUUGCCCCACCAGCGAAGCCACCAAUACCACCCAUGCCCACUAUGCCUCCCCAACGACCCCUAAUCAGUGGACUUCCCACCACAACCCAGCCAAUGCCUUCCAACAACCAAUCCCUACUCGAUGAUUUUGGAUCUCAACCCCUCAUAAACACAGGCCCAACUAUAUCCCAGACGACACCAUUAGUCCAACCGUUAGUACCACCAUCAAAACCCAUCCCCACUUCUACAGUACCUGACUUGAUAUCUGGCGUAAAGCCACCCCAAACUCAACCAUUGGUUGGACCACCAUUGGUACCGAGUAGCCAACCUUUGAUUGGUUCAGCCCCUCCUAUAACGCAAUCGUUGAUUAACUCACAACCCCUGAUCAGCCAAUCUCAGCCUUUAAUUCCCAGUUCUCAACCGCUAAUAUCCCAACCAUUGAUUGGUGGAACUCAACCGUUAAUUAGUGCAUCCCAACCGUUGAUUGGUGGAGCACAGCCAUUGAUCGGUGGAAGCCAACCAUUGAUUGGUGGAAACCAACCUUUGGUCGGUGGAACCCAACCAUUGGUCGGUGGAACUCAACCUUUGGUCGGUGGAACCCAACCAUUGGUCGGUGGAACUCAACCUUUGGGUGGAGGAACCCAACCAUUGGUUGGUGGAACCCAAUCCUUGAUAGGUGGAACCCAACCGUUGAUAGGAGGCACUCAACCGUUGACUGGCCAAACUCAACCCUUAAUACCUUCAUCUCAACCAUUGACUGGCACAUCUCAGCCGUUAAUACCAUCAUCCCAACCAUUAAUCGGAUCAACUCCGCCGCUGAUCCCCUCAAUGCCACAACAGAUCCCUAGCCAAGUCGCACAACCCCUGAUUAGCACAGCACCCCUCAUCCCCCCAACUAGACCAACAGUUCCCGCGGCCCAACCUCUAGUUGGUCCAUCCCCUCUCGUGCCGUCAUCCCAACCUCAACCCCUACCAACGGGGACCACAGUGGGCUCGUUGAUCAGCAGCCCUCCUAAGACUGGGGUGAAUACUGUCGCAGAUUCAGUCCUCAGUCAGCCUGUAACUUCUACUCCUAUAACUGCAGUGAAAAGCGACUCUUUUUCGAAACCUGGUUCGUUGGUAGGCAGCCCCAGCGAACCUCCGAUGGGAGUCUUGACGCCCCCUCCAUCUGUCGAGUGGGGAAUACCUCAGCCCCAGAAGCUCAAGUACACGCAGUUGUUCAACGCGACGGAUCGUGCGAAGACGGGCCGUGUAUCUGGUGCGGCCGCGCGAGCUCUGAUGCUGCAGUCGCGCCUCCCGCAGCACGCGCUGGCGCAGAUCUGGGCGCUGGCUGAUCUGGACGCGGACGGGAAGCUGGGUUGCGAGGAGUUUGUCCUUGCUAUGUAUCUGUGCGAGAGGGCGACCCACGGGGAUCCAAUUCCUGCUAAGCUGCCACUGGAGUUGAUACCGCCUACAUUCAGGCGUGAAUCGGUAACAAGCACAAGCAGUGCUCAGUCCUACGAAGAGAGAAGAAGGGAGAACAUGGCUAGGGGUCAGGCGGAAUUGGAGAGGAGGCGGUCCCAGCUGGCCGAUGCUCAUAUGAAAGAGAAGGUAAGUUUGGCUGAACGAGAGCGUAAGGAGCGGGAAGAAGCGGAAAAAAAGGAGAAGCUGCGUUUGGAAGCGUUGAAGAGAGAGCAAGAGGAGUUGCAACGAAAGCAAAAGGAAGAACAGGAAAAGAGAGAAGCAGCACGAAAGGAAAUGGAGAGACAAUGCCAACUGGAGUGGGAGAAGAAACGGACUCGCGAGCUGGAAGCCCUGCGGGCUGAGGAACAGGCCAAGGUGCUCGCAUUGAAAGCACGAAGCGCUUCCUUGGCCGCUUCCUUAGGGACUGCAAAUCAACGCGCCUCCAACUUGGCCAAGUCCAUCCGGGAUACGCGCACUAGCGUUGCCGCGGCGAAAUGUACCAUCGAUGGCAUGAGAUCUGACCGCGACGCCAGCAUGGCAGAAAUGCAACAACUGAAGGCCAAAGUGAAGGAGCUGAACGCUAAACAAAUCGCCCUGAACAAGGAGAAGGCGGAAUUGGAAGCGAAGGCCAAGGCGUCGGAGGGCGCUGGUGAAGAUGGAAAACUGAACAUGAUGGAGAUCACUUUGAAGCAGCUUCGGGAUAAGGUGGAAGCUGCGAAGGCCCUCGUGGAAACGAAGAAGUCGGACCUGGAGAGCAACCAGAAACAGCUGUCGGAGCUGACGGCCAGCGUGAGCCAGCUGGGCGACAAGUGCGAGCGAGUGUGGCGACUCUACGAGGAGAAGAAGAAGGAGUUCGUGGAGAAGAGGAGCACGGCGCCCGCUGAACAGGCCUGGAAUGCGGAUUCAGAGUGGGCCAGCAACGAGGACGCGUGGGGAGGAGACUCGUGGGGAGAUGCCACCCACACCACCGCUACGGAAGCAGUAGCGACGUCUACCGUGCCGCGUUGGAGAUGCGUCUACGAGUUCACAGCGAGAACCGCCGAUGAACUGAGUCUGCAGCCCGGCGACUUGGUGAGCGAGGCAAUUGCUCCACGGGCUGACGCGGAGCCGGGCUGGCGAUGGGGAACUGCUAGAGGUCAGUCGGGCUGGUUUCCGGAGUCCUACGUAGAAGAUAUCAAUGCUGCCUCAGCUUACACCGAGGCCUUUGAGACUAUGGAGACCAAGACGCAACUUGAGGGUAUAGCCGAAGUUCCAGAAGCUGAGAUCUCCACUGAUUUAAGCGGUGCAAUGCCGGUAGCCGAAGGAGGUGACUUCUACAUUGCGGCGUACCCGUAUGUCUCCUCUGAACCUGGUGACCUCACUUUCGAAGCUGGCGAGAGGAUCGAGGUGCUGAGAAGAGACGGAGACUGGUGGACCGGCAGAAUUGGAACGCGAAGCGGCAUCUUCCCAUCGAACUACGUUACCAAAGACACGAUUACUUCGGGCAACGAACCAAUCUCGACCAUUCCCGAAGCGGCCGAGCCCCUACCCGAAGCCGAAGCGGUGUUUCCUACAAGCACCGCUUCGGAAGCGCCCGUCGCUUUGGUUAGCGAAGCGCCAACAGAUUUCAGCGCUGUACCUACUUCCCCACCUAUACAGGAGACGAAGUCUUCGACUCCGAUAUCUUCGGAGGUGGCGUCCAUUACUGAGCAAGCGGGAGCUGCGGCUUCGGGCCGAACGUCGUCCGUAUCGCGCCGGGACUCCACCCGGGAAUCCGGCCGGGACUCAGCCCGGGACUCCGGUCGGGAUUCGGCUCGAGAUUCCGGCCGGGAUUCGGUCACGGGCCGCCGGAAGAACGAGAUCGCCCAGGCCAUCGCUUCCUACACGGCCACCAGCUCAGAACAGCUGUCCCUGCAGAAGGGUCAGCUCCUGGUGGUCCGCAAGAAAGCCGACAGCGGCUGGUGGGAGGGCGAGCUGCAGGCUAAGGGCCGGAACAGACAGAUCGGCUGGUUCCCGGCCAGCUACGUCAAGGUGCUACAGUCUACAGGCCGUGCCUCCGGUAGAACUACACCAGUUCUGUCCAAGAUGGACACGGUACCAUCGGAGACCGUUAUAGAUAAAGUGAUCGCGCUGUAUCCGUACACGGCUCAAAACGCGGACGAGCUGAGCUUCGAGAAGGACGACAUCAUCGCGGUGACGGAUCGCAGCCAGGACCCGGCCUGGUGGCAGGGUGAACUUCGCGGCAUGACUGGCUUGUUCCCGAGCAACUACGUCACCAAACUCGUUAAUUAA